AUGCCUCGUAAAUAUUUGGGCCUGCAGGGCGCCAAACUCCAAAUUGCCAUCGGCCUCAUCGCCGGUAUGGAUUUCUUGCUGUUUGGCUACGAUCAGGGUGUCACCGGUGGCCUCUUGACUUUGAAUUCCUUCAUCAAAUAUUUCCCUACCAUCGCCACCAAUGGUCCAGAAUGGGAUCAAUUGACUCAAUCUCAGCAGAGCACGCAGUCAACCCGUCAAGGUAUUGUCGUUGCUGCGUACAACUUGGGAUGUUUCGCGGGUUCAAUCCCUACCAUCUGGAUCGGAAACUACCUCGGUCGACGGAAGACAAUCUUCCUCGGUUCGUUUAUUAUGGUGAUCGGAGCUCUGCUGCAAUGCACCUCCUACCAUCUCCCGCAGUUUAUUGUCGGACGUUUAGUUACUGGGUUCGGAAACGGCAUGAACACCUCGACUGUCCCCACCUGGCAGUCGGAAUGCUGCAAGGCCAAUCACCGUGGCAAGCUGGUCAUGAUUGAAGGGGCCAUGAUUACCUGCGGCAUUACGAUUAGUUACUGGAUCGACUUUGGCCUGCUGUUUGCCGAUCCUAACGAGGUCGCCUGGCGCUUCCCCCUGGCGUUCCAAAUCUUCUUCGCUCUGAUCAUCCUAGCCUUUGUCAUGUUUCUUCCCGAGUCCCCUCGCUGGUUAGUCCUCAAGGGUCGCGAAGAUGAGGCCCAAGAGGUUCUCGCGGCUCUCAUGGGCGACGAGACCGAUCCUUGCUUCCUUCAGACCGAGUUCACGGCCAUCAAGGCUACCGUGCUGGAGAUGGCCCAGGGUAGCUUGAAGGACAUGUUCACCUGCACCGAAGAUCGCCACUUCCACCGGACCAUGCUGGCCUACGUCAACCAGAUGUUCCAACAGAUCUCGGGCAUCAAUUUGAUUACCUACUAUAUCCCCGUUGUGCUGGAAAACCAGCUGGGCAUGAGCCUCAAGCUCUCUCGACUGAUUGCCGCUUGCAACGGGACCGAGUACUUUAUUGCCUCGUGGAUUGCCGUCUUCACGAUUGAAAAAUUCGGUCGUCGUACGCUAAUGCUGUUCGGUGCUGCGGGGAUGUCUCUGGCCAUGGUGAUCCUGGCCAUCACAGCCAGCAUAAACACCGAUGGUGCUCGCUACACUUGUGCGGUGUUCCUUUUUGUCUUCAACACUUUCUUCGCCAUUGGUUGGCUGGGCAUGACCUGGCUGUACCCGGCCGAGAUUGUGCCUCUGAGGAUUCGUGCCCCAGCCAACGCCCUCGCCACCUCUUCCAACUGGAUCUUCAACUUUAUGGUCGUCAUGAUCACUCCCGUUGCUUUUCAGAACAUUAAAUACCAGACCUACAUCAUCUUUGCUGUCAUCAACGCAUUCAUCUUCCCCGUGGUGUACUUCUUCUACCCUGAAACCGCCUACCGUUCCCUGGAGGAGAUGGACCGCAUCUUCCGCAAGACGACCAGCGUCUUCAACGUGGUCAAGAGGGCCAAGGAAGAGCCUCACAUGUACGGCAAGCAUGGGGAACUUCUCCGGAACCUCAGCGAUGUCGAGGACGAGGCGGUUCGUCGUACCAGUGUGUUGGAACACCAUGCUCCCAAGGAACAUGAUUCCAGCGAUGUCAACACCAGCACCGAAAAGGUAGAGAGGGUCGGGUAGUUUCCAGGGGCUGUUGUUUCAAUGAUUUACAUUUAGCUUUCGGUGUGUCGAAGGGUGGUUCUUUUCUGCUCUGUUCUGCUCUGCUCUGCUCCGGCGAAGAUAUUUCCUUGCCAGACGUAAUGUUACGAUGAUGGCUUAUACCCCGAUGGAAUUCUGCGAUUAGAGAAUUUCCCUACGCAUGCUAAUGAAAUCUUUUCUCCUUGAUCUGGAGUUUUUUUUUUUUUUUU